CUCUCUCUCUCUCUCUCUGUCUCAAGACGUUUCUCUCACCUAAUCUAUUCUUCUAUAUCACUCAGACGCAGACUCCGAUACUCAAGAGUUUGGAAUCGCCUUCGCUUCGGACAUUAUAAAACAAAGCUGUAUUAAUCCGUGACUUUACUCUCCCUCUCUCUCUUUUAGCUAGAAGUGGCCAUGGCGGAGCCGGAAGGGUUUGAUUCUAAUCAACUCGGAACCUCGAAGGCUUCUGCAGAGCAACAGGAUGACGAGGAAGAAGAAAUGGAAGAUUCAGAGAAUGAAUCAGAGGUGGAGUUGGAGGAACAUAAACUGAGUGAGUUGAGGACAGCUUCGUCGGUUAGUGAAGCUGCAGUGAAGGGGUCUUGCUCUCAAACCCUAGCGCCGCCUUCUGCGAAUCAGUCCUCGGAGAACGGUCGGUCUGAUGGCUUGCCUGACAAUUCUGCUGCCGAGUCACUCGAAGGAGUUGAAUUGAAGCAUCAAGCUCCACCUGCCAGCAAUGUUGAAGCAAUCCAGACAGAUCAGGUACAAGAACAAAGCCAACUUCAGAUAAUAGUAUAUAAAGGACCUGAUUCAGAACAAUCACCAACUUCAGUUACUCAGUCUAUCUCAUCCUCUGCAAGUCCAAGUUUAUCCGAAUAUAAACUGGCACCUAAGAAGGUCCAUAAAGAAUGUAAGCCAGAACCAAGCCAGAAGAAUUCUUCCGACCGUAAAACUGUGUUCUCUGUUCCCAAUGUUAGGACACCUGCUUCUGAUGGUUACAAUUGGAGGAAAUAUGGUCAGAAGCAAGUGAAGAUUCCAAAGGGUUCACGUAGCUAUUACAAGUGUACAUAUUCUGGAUGCUGUGCUAAGAAGAUUGAAUGUUGUGAUCACUCGGGCCUUGUAACAGAGGUUGUUUACAAGAGCCAACAUAACCAUGAUCCUCCCAGGAAGAUUAGCAACCCCAAGGAAAGUGUGCUUGUGCCUUAUGUUGAGCCUGUGGUUAAAAAAAUCAUGGCAGAACAUUCCGUAAGAAUAAUUAACGAUUCAGAUCCUCCUAUGUCUUCAAAAGAACCGUUAUGGGAAACAGCUUCAGUCGUUGAAAGAAAACGACAAUUCUCGAAUGACUCUGACGGAAAUGAUGAAUCUAAAAUCAAGAAUGAGAAUGACAACGAAUACGAAACAAAACAAAAAGUUAAGAAGAGCAGUGGGGGAUAUUCAGGCACUCCCUUAAAACCUGGAAAGAAGCCCAAGUUUGUGGUACAUGCAGCGGGUGAUGUGGGAAUCUCAGGUGACGGAUACAGAUGGCGUAAGUAUGGUCAGAAAAUGGUGAAAGGAAAUCCUCAUCCUAGGAACUACUACCGAUGUACCUCUGCUGGGUGUCCAGUCCGUAAGCAUAUCGAAUCAGCUGUGGAAAAUCCAAGCGUAGUGAUUAUAACAUACAAGGGAGUUCAUGAUCACGACAUGCCAGUACCGAAGAAACGACACGGUCCACCUAGUGCGCCUCUUGUAGCUGCUGCAGCUCCUGCCUCCAUGGGCAAUAUGCAACCAAAGAAAACAGACGCAGUUCAGAGCCAAAUUUCUUCAACACAAUGGUCUGUGGAUGCUGAAGGAGAGUUGACUGGUGAGGCCUUGGAUCUUGGAGGUGAGAAAGCAAUGGAAUCUGCCCGAACACUUUUGAGCAUUGGAUUUGAAAUCAAGCCUUGCUGAACGUACGCCUUUCAAGGAAUAACUGUGAGAGACUCUUUAUGAACAUGUAGCUGUCUCUAUGUGAAAUAUUUGAUUAUUUUUCGAGCUAUUUCCUUUUGUUUUUCCUUUUUUCAUCCCUCUCUCUCUUAGUCAUUUAUGUAACAGUUGUGUAAAUUUGGUUGUUAUACACCUCCCUGAUGUGGUAAUGAGAUGAUUUGCACCGUUUUUGCUAACA